AUGGGAGACACCACUCUCUCCGCGAUAUCGUCCUCUCGCGUUAUUCUGAGAGACUCAACAAACUGGGAAGCCUGGCUGUCCACCAUCAGAGGGAUUGCCGAGCAAUAUAACGUGUGGGAGUUGUGUGACCCGGACAAGAAAGAUCAACCUGUUGUUCCAGAUGAACCAGAGCCUCCAUCAAUUGAGGCUGCUAAGAACGACGAUCCGGUCAACUGGUACAAGAUCGUCAAACUACAACAAGUGGAAUGGUCAACCCAAGUUAGCAAGCAUGGAAAGAGGAUCCUAGGCCUCAACUGUGUGGCAACGGCUAUUAAAAACAGCCUACACCCUAGUUAUCAGACCUUUAUCACCCAUGAUACCCCAUGGAAACUGCUUCGCAACCUGCGACAGAGAUUUGCACCUGAGUGCGAUCCUACCUAUGCAGCCAAACUGCGUCAGCAAUGGAGAAAUUUAGACCGAGGUCUAGACAGAAACACCGACAUUGAGAAAUGGUUAUUGAAUUGGGAAACGAUCCAGGUUCGGUGCGCGAGGGCUGGCAUGAGCGAAGCCAAUGACGCCACCGUGCAAUUCCUAGAUGCCAUCUCAACUAUGUCGCCUGGCUUUCAUGAAACCUGGACGCUCAGAUUGGAAGACAAGAAUGUUGAAUUACCCGAGCUGCUCACUAGGUACAAAGCCCAUUGGGCAAUCAGCCACGGCAAAGCCAGUACCCAGAGAGGUAUCUCCAAAGCUGUAUUUUCGACCUGGCAAGGCCAUGAGGAAGCACAACCAACAAACGUCAAGAAAGGGGCGGCUAUACCAGCCACCGAAAAGCCAUUUUGGCAAAGGCCAUGCCCAUGCGGAUCGAAGGCCCGCCACCCUGCCUGGAAGUGCUGGGCUGCCUAUGAAUCAGGCAGACCGGAGGGUUACAAGAUCAUCCCAGACCAGAAACAAAAGUGGGAUAGAGCUAUGAUGGCUGAUCCUACAUGGAAAGACUUUAUUGCGAAGAAAAGAUCAGAAAUGGGCAUGACGCAGAAACAGGCGCACUCUACCAUAAUUGACGACCAAGCAUGUGGCUUCUUCUCAAAGGUACCUCCCCAGGAAGUCGCACAGAAAGCCGAGCAAGCCGCCAUGUCAACCCAAACCAAGCAAGCGACCAUACCUAUGGAGAAGCAAUGGGUUGUUGACACCGGGGCGGAUACACAUGUAUGCAACGAUCGGAGCAAAUUCGUUAGUUUCCGAGAAAGUCAUGGCAACAUCAAGGUCGGCGAUACGCGCACAAGAAUCGAUGGUGUUGGCACCGUCGUUAUCUAUGGGAUCAAUCCAACUACUGGCCAACCAAAACGACUAGAGUUGUAUGAAACCAGGUACUCACCUAAUUUCCAUACCAAUCUGAUCUCUCAUGGCUUGAUCAUCAAGGGGGGGCCUUUAUGUGCUUCCGAAACAACUGGAUUGAAACUGAUAAUGGCAAGCCGCUGCUAA